AUAAAAUCCAUGUUCUUCACAACACUCCAUUCUCUCCACCCUCCACCAUGCCUGCAACUCCUUUCCACUCUUCUCUCUGCUUCUCUUCUUCUUCUUCUUCUUCUUCUUCUUCGCCCUCAAACUCACACCAACCAAACCCUUUCUUAUCACCCAAACCCACAACCCUCCUCUUCCACAAGCAUCCUCCUCCUCUUCUUCACUCCACUCUCUCUUCCCAAACCAAAGAAAAAAUCCUCUGCCUCGAAGUCAUGGGCGUCGACGCCGGCAAGGCCCUCUCUCUCAACCCAUCUCUCCACUCUGCAACUCUUCAAUCCAUUCACUCUGUCAUCUCCUUCCUCCAAUCCAAAGGCAUUCACCAAAAGGACUUCGCCAAGAUCUUUGGAAUGUGUCCUAAAGUCCUCACUUCUGAUGUCAAAACUGAUCUAAUCCCAGUUUUCACCUUCCUCUCUGAAGAUCUUAAAGUCCCAGAUCAGAAUUUCAGAAGGGCUAUCAACAAAUGCCCUAGGUUGCUUGCUUCCAGUGCCAAAGAUCAGCUGAAACCUACUCUGUUUUACCUUCAAAGACUUGGGUUGAAGGAUUUGGAGGCCUUGGCUUACCAUGAUCCUGUGUUGCUGGUUUCUAGUGUGGAGAAGACCUUGAUUCCUAAGCUGAGAUAUUUGGGGAGUUUGGGGUUUUCUAAGAGUGCCAUUGUGGGGAUGGUUUUGAGAUGUCCAGCACUGCUUACUUUCAGCAUUGAAAAUAACUUCAAGCCGAAGUUUGAGUACUUUUCUGGUGAGAUGCAUAGAAAAUUGGAGGAGCUUGAGGGUUUUCCUCAGUAUUUUUCGUUUAGCUUGGAGAAGAGGAUAAAGCCUAGGUAUGUGGAGACUGAGCAGAGUGGUAAGGAUGUGUCUUUGUCACUUAUGCUCAAAUCCACAGAUGAUGAGUUUAGAGAGUUGUUAAGAGAAGGGGCUUAGAAACAGAGGAACUUCAAUCCAUUGAGUUCUUCAUCAUGAUAUAGGUUUUUUGGGUCUAGGUUUCGUACUCCUAAUCCUCCAAAAUUUGAUGAUAAUCAUCACCUAUCACAUCAAUCUUUCAUGUUCUAAUGUUUCCAGCAAUGAAUUCACUGUAUAAACCAGAGUUUUCCUAAUUUUGAUCAACAUUUUUCAACUU